AGCGAAACGCAAAAUUAAAAUAAAAAUUUGCAGAAUAUACUCAAUACAAAUAAAAAAGUCAAAGCGACAAGUGAUAAAAGUGCAAAUAUAAAGAAAGAAUAAUAAAAAAAUAAACAAACAAACAAAAAACAGUAAGCAAGCAGUGUAACGGAGCAUUUGAAAACCCCGAAUAUACGUAUAGUAUAAUGAUAGACAUUAAAAAAGGCAGAAAUAGUUUUGAAAAUUUUUCAAUAUUGCGUGAAAAAUGUGAGCAAACCGUUAUAUUAGCGCAGCGUUCACAGCAGCAGCAGCAGCAAAUAACCAACAAUAUCCAUUACAAUAACAACACGACGAGCGUACAUAGACCAAAAACGACAUCGACAACAACAGCGGCAGCGUUGUUUCCGCCCGAAACCAGCAGCACAACAAAAUCACGCCUACACACAACAACUACAACAACAAUAAGUGUUAACGGCAAAGCAGAAGCGAAAUAUCUGAACGGCAGCGGUGGUAGGCGUGCUGCAACGGUGGGCAGCACGCACAACACCAAAAUCAAUACAACAGUCAAAAACACCAAUAACAACAGUAAAAUACACAACAGCGACGACACGAAUCCGGUGCGCGCCGCCAAUCAGCCAUUCUUUCUCGUCUCGCAAUUUCAAGAUCAAAACUUUCUGAAGGAGGAAUGUGAGUUGGCGCAUGCGCAAGUUGCACCAAAACAACAACAACAACAAAAACAAGAAGAACAAGAAUACGAACAAGUCGCAACAGCCAAUGGUGACGCUAACAACGCGAGUGCGCACAACAACAACAAUAACGCAAAACCAACAACUACUCAACAACAACCGAGUGGCGGCAACUACCGGCGUAAAAGCGUCAGCGACACAAGCAAAAGCAAUAACAACAACACCAGCAACAGCAACAAUCACAGCCAAAAAGCAAAUAACGCGUACUCCAUUGCGAGCAUUAGUAGGCGCACAGCAACAACAACAACACCAACACCAACAGCAGCAACAGUGGCGGCGGUAACAUCGAAUGGUGUACGACGCAGCGGCGGCGGUAGCGCCAACGCCAGCGUCAAUAUCAACAAUCCACAUCAUCACCAUCACCAUCACGUCAAUACAACAGCAUCCGCUGUGGCGACGACGAGUACGAACGCCAGCGCCAACGUUACGGCGAAGAGCGCCACAAACGAUACCACCGUCCACAAGGUCGACAUUGUCUUCAAUAAUCGCGCGCCAACGCAAGCGAACGGUGGACGUUUCGUGACGUCAAAAAGUGCGAAGCAGCCACAACAACAUAGUGCGUACAACGCUACGCGUCCGCUCAACGGCACUACUAUACUGGCCACAACAAACGGGGGCGCGCCAGCAACGAGCAGCGCUGCAACCAGUGGCGUUGGCACGUCGGCAGCGACAGCGACUAAGCUGAGUAACGGUCAAGGUAAAUUGGUACGUCCGCUGGUGCAUCGCACCAUACCAUCGACGGCGGUGGCGGCAGCGAACGCGGCCGCUGCGCGUGAAAACGUGAACGCCUACUCUAAUAAACUGUUCAACAGCUACAGCAGCAAUAGUAAUCGCCUCAGCAAUAAUAACAACAAUAAUAUCAAUAAUAACGGUGUGAAUAGUGUGUGCAUUAGCAAUAAUAGCGGCGGCAGCAGCAACAAUAAUAUCACCAGUGGCGUUAACGGUAUGCAACAUACGCUCGAACACGACGAUAUCAAGUACAUCGAUAGUGAUGACGCGCCCACAACGGCAGCGUUGGCGCAUGCCAGCGCCACAACGGUGACCACGCCUGCGCGUGGCGGCGCGCAGUUGGAGCGGAAAACACAGUUGCGCUGUGAGCAGCAGCUCUGUUGUCAGCAUACCAAUUGCGCGACGUCCACAACGGCAACGCUGACAGGCGCCUCCGCUGCUGCCGGUGUUGGUGGCGCGUCACUCAAAACACGUAUGCGUCCCAAAUCGACGAUCAUCUGUUCCACCAGCAAUCUCGUCUUCGAGAAGAUCAACAAUUACAAGUAUGCCAAUGGGAGCGCAGGUGGCGGCAGCAGCGCGGCUAAAUUUGUCGCCGAAGCAGCGGCAGCGCGUCGCAAUGAGUUGCGGCACAGCAUCGAUUCGAAUAGCAUACGGGCGUCCAUUGAGAAAUUCGAUAGUUUCAGCGAGCAAAAACGUAGCGCCGGCCUGCCGCAGGUGACGCUGCGUUCGCACGGCGGCGGCGGCGGCGGCGGUAGUACAAACAAUUUGCAACAUCAUCGCCAUAGUGGCAGUGAAUUCGAUCACGCCACCAGCGGCGGCAGCAGCAGUCUCUUGCGGUUAGCGCAAAGCGGUGGCGGCGGUGGUUCCUUGACUCGGGCGCCCUACCGCACUGUGUCACCGUCACCGGCUACCGCUUGUAAAGUUACUGCCACAAUGCAUGCGCCGUCCUUGACGCCCGGUUCGGCUGGUACGUCGCCUUCGUCGUCAUCGUCCAUACGCAGCGGUGCAUGCAAUACGAACAGUUUGCCAACGAAAAGUCUUGGCAGCGUGCUGGCUGCCUCAAACAAUGCAACUACCGCAAUUACCGCCAUCAAUCGUCAUCAGGAGUUGUCAGUAUUGCGUGCCGCUGAGCGUGCCUCUCCCAGCGCGCAGCUACAUAAAGAUACAGCUUCAAUGCCAGCCUCGGCUACGUCAUCGCCACUCUUAAAACAAGCCGACGUGAAAUUGCCGAAUGGCGAUGUAAAGAAGUGCGCGGCGACGGCCGUUACGAACGGCGCAUGCGAUGGCGCCGGCGCGGAUGUUGAAACUAUCCGCAGCACCGCUCUACGGAGUAUCCCGGCAGCACCGCCAUCGCCGACAGCCUCACGUUAUAGGGAUCGUGAUAGUCGUAUAACAUCGGGUCUGCUCUCCUCAUCAACAUCGUUGGCGUCUAAUAAUAUCGACGAUGCUAGCAAAUCGCGGGAUGAGAAUACGGAAGGUCUAUGUGGGCUGAGAAAUAUCGGAAAUACUUGUUUUAUGAAUUCGGUCAUACAGUGUCUGAGUCACACGAGCGAAUUGACAAAAUUCUUACGUACACACAAUGGCACACGCUCGACAUCGUCCAAGGAUCAACAAAUCUUACAAGAGUUUGCUAAGCUGAUACGCGAGAUGUGGACGAGCAGUGUACACAGCGUCACGCCGAUGGAUCUGAAGCGCGCCUUUUCAUCCAAACAUCGCAUGUAUAGCGAUUACAACCAACAGGACGCACAGGAAUUUCUGCGCUUCUUCCUCGACUCGCUGCAUAGUGCACUAAAUACGGGCGUGAAAGGGGAACACUUGAAAAUCGACGAUAAUCUUAGCGACAAUAAGAAAGCCGAUCUAACGUGGGAAUGGUAUUCGAGACAUGAGAACUCACUCAUACGCGACCUCUUCGUCGGCCAAUUGAAGAGCACACUACGUUGUACCACCUGUGGCAAUACGAGCGUCACCUUCGAUCCGUUUUGGGAUUUGAGCGUUUCGUUGCCAUCAUCAUCACGCUGCAAGCUAGAAUCUUGCCUUGAUCUGUUCAUACGCGAAGAGGUGUUGGAUGGCGAUGAGAUGCCCACAUGUGCGAAGUGUCGCCAACGUCGAAGGUGCACGAAAAGCUUCAGCAUACAACGAUUUCCCAAAUAUUUGGUUAUACAUUUGAAGCGUUUCUCGGAGACCCGUUGGAGCAAGCUGUCUAAUAUUGUCGAAUUUCCGACUGGUGAACGUGAAUUGAAUAUGGGUCCAUAUGGUGCGAACCCUGGCUCGAGCAUACAUUACUCGCUGUAUGCGAUUUCGAAUCAUAUGGGUUCCACGGCUGGCGGUCAUUAUGUGGCAUUGUGUAAACAUCCGGUAUCGAAAAAAUGGCAUGAAUUCAACGAUAAUGUUGUUAGCGACACGCUCUCCGAAAAUAAUCUAGUUUCAUCCAGUGCCUAUAUACUGUUCUAUGAGCGAGCGUAAGAAAUAAAUCACGCGUGUAACAAAAAAAUAAAAUAAAAUAAAAAGCAAACAUACUCACAGCUCCAACACACACACACACACAUAACACCCACACAUACACAUAGCCAAUCUUGCAACUUAAGUCUUAUGUACAAAAGUAAAAAAAAAACAUAAAAUCAAACAACAAAAAAAAAAAACGAAACGGAUACAACUACUAACAACAAACUCUGUAACCAGCAGAAAAAUGGAACUGUCUGGGAAGACAACUGCAACAAAGCAGCAACAUAAGACCACCAACAACAAAGGCAAUGGCAAUGGCAAACCAAAUGCGAAAUUCCAACGAAAUUAUGCGAACAGCGGCAGACACUACGGUUGAGGUGACCAACAAGACUAGAAACAAGAAAAUAAUGGUUUAACCAUGAAUCUGCAAACCAUUUUAACCCAUACACCUAACAAAUUGCUACUGCUACUUAAUCACUAUAACGACUCUACUACGCUCUUCUUAUUUUUUACCUUAUACUAAUGUCCAGCAACUAUACGCCUGCAUACAACAUACAAACAUAACUGUUGUUGACUAAAAUGAAAAAAAAAAAAAAAUUAAUAAUCACAAAAACAACAACAACAAACACAUGCACGUUGUAAACAUUUAUGCUGCUAACUUCAAACUAUUGCUAAUAGCAACAACAAAAACAAAAACAACUACAAAAGCUAAUGUAAAAUAAAAAAAAAAAUCUUAAAAAAAGCUGUGUCGACGCCGUCUCCUACUACUACAACUACAACUACUAUUACACACAUACUUGCAACUCCUACAAACAACAACAACAACUAUUAUGCAGCGUGCAACAUGCAACUUGUUUGGGAAAGAAAGCAACAAACACAAUAUCACUUCUCAAUUAGUUGUUUGGCGUACAACAACAACAACACCAACAACAAUGCGGCCGCUAAUUACUUUAACACGCCAAACUCUGUAAAUCUCUGUACAUGUAACAUGUAAAAAAAAUGUGCAAUUUUCGAUCGAGUCCAAAGAUAUAUAUACCAACAUACAUACAUACAUACAUACAUACAUACAUAUAUGUAUAAAUGUGUACAUACAUACAUACAAACAUUAUAAUAUAGUUGCUGAUGCUGUAUUUCUUGUAUAAAUGUAAAAAAAAUGCUGAAACAAAAACAACAAAAAAUUAUAUGCCGUUGUAUUUAAAAAAAGAAAAGAUAUGUUAAAAAGCAAGUAAUUAAAUCGAAUAACAGUGUGUAUAAGCGAUUUUUAAAGCAUACAUACAUAUAUAUUUUUUACAUAUAUAUAUAUAGUUAAAAUUGGUUUUCAUUAUAUGUAAACGACGACUUGUGUAUGUGAGUAAGUGCGUGGGCGUUAAAGCCGGGUGAGAGGCUUUUUGUAAUGAUAUUGGCUAAUUAACGGUUAAUAUAUAUAAAUAUUUUAAUUUUAUGCUUCGAAAUGGCAGCAAAGUUGCGUAUGUAGUUGUUGUUUUUUUUUAUUUAUAUUAAGUAAUUUUUGGCUUACAAUUUUAGUAAAAAAAAUAGUAAAAAUGCUGCUAACACUUGAGUGCGCUUGUUUUAAAUACACUAACAACUAAUAAUGUAAAAAAAUAAGCGUCUUAACAGUGAAUAUUUAUUAAAUUACGCAAUAGCACUUAGGGCGGAACUUAAAAAUGUAUAAACAGCUACUACAUAGAUACUAAAAAUACUAACUAAAAACCCAAGCGCAUAUAUUUAUUAUAUAUAAAAUAUGUAUAUAUAUAUACAUAUAUAUAUAUAUUUAAUAUAUAUAGGCGCUGUAGCGUACUAUUGCUAUUAAAAAUAAGUUUUUAUUGUAUGCGAACAAGUUAAAAAAAAAGAAAAAUAAAAGCUAAAACACAAAUUAAGAGAGAAAGCUAGUCCUAAAACAACAACAACAACAAUACAAUAAAGUUAGUAUAUUAAACAAUAACAUAAAUGAAAUGAAAAAUGUAAAAAAACUAUUUAUUAUUGCUAAAAAAAUUUAUUAUGGCAGCAACAAGUGUAGCUAAAGAAAUUUUAACAAGGUAUGCUAGUAUGAAAGAAGAAAAAACAAGCUACAAAUUAAAAAAAAAAAAUUAAAACAAUUUUUUAGGUUAAGUGCAGCAGCUAAUAGCAAAAUAGUUUUACAAAUAAAACAAUUAAUAAAUAAAAUAAUUUAUUAAAAAAUACACAAGCAAGCAUGCAGGGCUGCGCAGAAGAGUGUAGAGAACAAAGGCGAAAGUAAGGUAAAAGAAAAUAAAAUAUUAAAAAAGCUUGCAAUAACAUUAUAACGGAAUUUUGUACUAAAUAACGGGGUAAAGAAACACUGAAGAAGCAGCGGUACACACAAAAAUCAUAUUAAGGGGUUAGGGGUAGAAAGAGACAUGAACAAUUUUUUUUAAGAAGAAGACAAGAAUUUUCAUUAACUAGUUUUUGCUAUUAAAUCAUGUUAUUUUACAAAAGUAAUAAUAUGGCAUUAUUACAAAAUGUUUUGACUUGAUGUCACGAAAAUUUCAAAAAAAAAAUAAUAAUUUCCAAAGUUAUAGCUAUUUGUGUUGACCCAGUUCCAAAAAAGGUACUUGUGGUGACAAUCUUAAGUUCUGGUAGAUUCAUUUAAAAUCAAUUGGAUAAGACAAUUUUGUUUUAUAAAUAGAUAAUCCUGUUCCUAAUCGAAGAUUUUUUCGUUUUUUUUCAAAAAUUUACAAAAUAGCGGUAUUAGGAAAUUUUUUUCUAGAUUUUCGGGAAAAAAUCAACUGUAAUUGGUCUUAAAAAUCGAAAAACAAAAAAAAAAACUCGAUCAGGUCCAGUAUUUUAUUUGUAUUCUAAAAGCUUUAUAAAUUUCAGUAAAAUCUACAGAGCGUUUUUUUCGAGUUACAGUCACCAAUUCAAAAGUUAAAAAAAAAAAUUUCAGAAAAACGUUUCACCCGUGCGUUUUGGAGUGCCCGAGCGCUCGAAUAACUUCAAAUUUUCAGAGAAUAUUUUAAAAAUAUUACACUUAACGAAAAUGCAAAAAAUUGAUUUUUUGAAAAUCCUGACUAUCUCUAACCCCUUCAAUAUGUUGCUAAAACAACUACAAAAAACAGUAAUAUGAACAGAUAUUGGUGAAAAAGAUGAAACGCAAUUGGCUAAGAUGAAUGAUGUGGAGGAAUUCGAAGCAAUUCAAAAACAAAAAAAAAAAAACAAAAAAAAACAACAACAAAAAGUAAACAACAACAACUAAAAAUCGUUACACAUACAACACAUAAUAUACAUACAUGUAAAUUACAUAUACACUACUACAACAACUACUACUAUUACGUUAAAACACAAUUACACUCACAACAACACAAACUAAAAAUAAAAAUUAAAAUGAAAAAAAAAAAUAUUACCAAAACAAAAACAAAAAAUAAAAAAUAUAGUUUAUAAUAAAAAAUGCUGCGUAUACAUAUAUAUAAAAUGCAUGAAACUUAUGGUAUGCGAAAAUGUGUAGAAAACUUUAUGAAAAAAACAACAACAACAAAAAGAAAUCGUUUUUAUUAAGUGCAUGUCACAAGCAAUUGUUUUUGUUAUUUAUUUUAUGCUGCUGUUAAUUUACUUUUAAACACAUACUGUAUACAGUUAAAACGCUUGUAUAUAUAUAUACAGAAAAAAAUAAUAAUAAACACACACAUACUACAUAUAUGUAUGUACAUGAAAAUUAUUUAUUUUGUUGAAAGUGAACGUAUGUGUGUGCGUGUCCAAUUUAUUUAUGUGUAAAAUGCAACUAUUUUUUUUUAUUUAUUUUAAAUAUAUUUGCCUUUUUUGUUUGAAAAGUGUGAAAAGCAAAUUUUAAAAAAAAUUUACAACAAUUAAACCUAUUUGUUACUUGUUUUCAAUAAUUUAUUAUGUUUUAUUUAUUUUUACGUGUGUUCAUAGUGUGCGUAGGCGGGUAGAGGUAGCAGCUUCCAAGCGGCUAUAAACUAGAUAGAGAGUGUAAAAAAUUAACAAAUUGAAAAAAAAAAACAAAUUACAAUUCUAAAAAAAAAUUAAGAAAUUAUAUUGAUUAAAAAAAUUCAAAAAAUAAAUUAAAAAUUAAAGAAAUGUAAACAAAAAUUAAGAAAGUAUACAAAAAAAAACAAAAAUAAAAAAUACUAAUAUUUAAAAAAAUAUACAAAAAGCAAAAAAAAAAAGUUACAAAAAGCAAAAAAAAAAAUUACAUAAAAUUAAAAAAAAAAAUAUUUAUAAAAAUUAAAAUAAAAAAAUAAAAAUAUUUUCAAAGUAAAACCACAUUAAAUGCAAAAAAAUACAACACAAAAUAUGUAUUUAUGUAUAUUGACUUCUCAUACUAACAGCGUGUUGCUAGAAAUACAUAAUGAAUACUUAAAGAACAAAAAAAUAAGCAAAAACAACAACAUUAGUUAAUAAAAGGCCUGCAACAAUAGUUAAAAAGUAAAAUAAAACUGAAUAAUAUAAUUAAUUCAAUUUGAAUGGAAAAUAUUAGGCAAAAACAUAAUUAUUACUAUUGUAUUAAGGAAAUUGCUACUCAAAUCAGAAAAGAAGUAUAAGAACAAACACAAAACCAAAUGAAGAAAAAAAUGGUCUUUAUUUCAUUGAAAAAAUAAAAUAUAUAUUUAAAAUACUAAAA